AUGGAUUUUGAACAGGAGCCAGACGAAGCGCGCGCUCAGAUUACUCAACACAAUGCUACCGCCUCCCCACUUCUUCGUCUCCCAGCUGAAAUCCGCAACAUAAUCUUCGCCUACGCUCUCAGCCACGGCGACAUCGAGCUGAAGGUCAUUCCCAGGAUAAUAAACGGACCCGGUCGUAAGGGCUGUUGGAAGCAUCGCAACUGGGCAAAUCCUUUCAACAUUAGUCCCCUCUACGCAUGUCGUCAGAUUUACUUCGAGACCGCACUCCUUCCAUACGAGCUCAAUGUUUUUGUGGUCUUCGGGAACGACAGCGCGUUCCAGGACUUCUUUGCACACCGGACAUUGGCACAGAUUGGCGCUCUUGCGAAAGUGCGAAGGCAACCGGACACGCGUUUGGGAGCGCGACCCGCGACUGAAUGGUUGGAGCGACUGAAGGUUUGCAGCGCGAGAACAUGGAAGAGUCGAGACUAG